AUGUUGGACAUUGUAGGUCCAGAGUUGCAUAUUGUCAACAAAACUGAGCAUCCUAUUUCUCUGGAAGCAGAAACCUUGGUCAUUCUCACACCCGAUCAAGAAAAAGAAGCCACUUCCAAUCUUUUACCAAUAAACUUUAGUGGGCUUUCAGAGGUAAAUAACUAUGUUGAUAUUUUUAAGGCUGAUUCAGAAUAUGAGAGCUUUUGUAUAAAAUUUAUAAUAUUUCUUGAACUUCUAUGUUUACAAGCAGUGAAAACUGGUGAUACAAUUUUCAUCGGUCAAUAUUUGUUCACAGGAAGUGAAACAACUUUAGUAUGGUUGGAAGUAAAUGAGGUGAAAGGAGAGGAUGUUGUUUGUUUGAUAAAGAAUUCUGCUACUCUAUCCGGUUCGUUAUUCACCUUGCAUGUAUCCCAAAUACGUAUUGAGCUGCCAACUCUGACGGAUAAAGAUAAGGAGGCUCGUGACUACCUCUCCAAAUUGGGUGAUCUAAGUCAAACUCAGAUUUUUGCAAAGAUAGAAAAUUUUGAGGUCGGACUUACCCAUUUUGAUGAGAUGCUACAAGAAGCAGAUGGUAUAAUCCUUUCUCGAGGAAACCUUGGCAUAGAUCUACCUCCAGAAAGAGAUUCUAAUCUCAUUAAAUUGGGGAAGAAAAGUAUAGUGAGUUCAAGGAGGCGGAUUUCUUUUGAGAAAUCGACAGUCAUUUCUACACUCUUGAAGCAGAUGAAGAAAAUACUGAAAAUAAAGUUCAAGAGCCUUGGUUUGACUGAAUUGGAGGAACACUCGGGUUAA